CGUGCAGACUCUGGCCGGGGGAUAAUAAGAUAAUUACCAACUAGUUAAAUCCCUCGGCCAGAGUAUAUAAACCAGCAGCACUAUGCACUCGGGGUGUGGAGUGUUCGAGAGUGGAGAACGGGAGAGAGAGAGGAAGAAAACAAUUGCUAAAACGUGCUGGAGUAUCCAGCACGAAACUUACUUGUUUGUUUAUUCGUUCGGCCCUCGUGCCCUUUGGUUUGGUGUUUUGUUAAAUCUUUUGUUUUUGUUCUGUUUAUUAAAUACGCUGAGUGCACCAGCACUCAGCUUCAACCGCCCAUCCACUGUUUUGGUUUGAGUUACUUCCUGGUCCGUGACGUCAUCCACAUCACCACUGCGAGCCAGACUGCCACAUAUGGUGUCCUGCGUGGGACAAACAACGCCUCCAACAGCCGGACCAGGAACAGCAAAGGAAGUUUUUUUCGUGUUCGUUUUUUCAAAUAGUGUUUUUUGUGUUUGAAAAAAAAAAAAAAAAAAAAAAAAAAAUGGAUGAAGUGGACGCCUAUAUGGAGAGGUGGCAUGCGCAUCAGAGGGAGUUGAAGGAAGGAGGGGCUACAUGGUGCCUCGCCUGCCUGGAGUAUGGGCACCUCCCUGAGGUGUGCCCAUAUGAAGACCCCCUCUUUGUGCAGGCCUUUGAUCGAGGUGAGGUGGAGACUGCGGAGGAGUGGAUCCACCUGAAGGCCAUACCAUCGCCGCAGGUGGAUCAGGAAACCUGCCUCACCUGCCUCAAAGGGGAGGAGUGGUGCUUUGCCGUCGGCAAGGUCGGGCACAAAGCACCCGACCAACCCCCUCCAUGGCAGGAGGUGGAACUGCUGGUCCCGAAGAAGGGAAGGAGGGGCGGUGCUAAGAAGGCAAAGAAGCCCGCACGUCCUGCGCCUGAGUGGGAGGAGCCCGAACGUCCUGCGCCUGAGUGGGAGGAGCCCGAACGUCCUGCGCCUGAGUGGGAGGAGCCCGAACGUCCUAAGCCCAAGAGGGGGGAGUCGGUGCAUCCACAGCCCAAAAGGGAGGAGUCGGUGCGUCCACAGCCCAAAAGGGAGGAGUCGGUGUGUCCACGGCCCGAAGAGAGGGAAGUCGGGGCUUCCACAGCCCUAGGACCCAAGCUGCAGUCCCAAGAGCCAGAAGGGGAGGAGUUACAGGCUCAACCCCCUGAAUUUUUCUGGGGGGGAGAAGGGCAGGAUGCUGGUGUUCCCCAGCAGCCUCUAUUUAUGCUGCUGAAGGGAGCACGGCACACACCAGCCCAGCCGCCACAGCAGAGGGAGCCAGCACCGCCACAGCCUCCCUCUGAGUGGCCAGCAUCCGCCCCAUCGCCUCUGCCUCCACCACCACCAGGAGCAGAGCAGCAGGAGCUGCCUCUGUCUCCACCACCACCAGGAGCAGAGCAGCAGGAGCUGCUUCUGUCUCCACCAUCACCAGGAGCAGAGCAGCAAGAGCUGCCUCUGCCUCCGCCGCCUCCACCGUCGUGGGAGGACUGCUUGCCCCUCCCACCUCCACCAGCAGAGGGUGAAUGCCUGCUGGUUCCGCCUCCACCGUCGUGGGAGGACUGCUUGCCCCUCCCACCUCCACCAGCAGAGGGUGAAUGCCUGCUGGUUCUGCCUCAACCGCCGUGGGAGGACUGCUUGCCCCUCCCACCUCCACCAGCAGAGGGUGAAUGCCUGCUGGUUCCGCCUCCACCGUCGUGGGAGGACUGCUUGCCCCUCCCACCUCCACCAGCAGAGGAUGAAUGCCUGCUGGUUCUGCCUCAACCGUCGUGGGAGGACUGCUUGCCCCUCCCACCUCCACCAGCAGAGGGUGAAUGCCUGCUGGUUCUGCCUCAACCGUCGUGGGAGGACUGCUUGCCCCUCCCACCUCCACCAGCAGAGGGUGAAUACCUGCUGGUUCCGCCUCAGCCGCCGUGGGAGGACUGCUUGCCACUCCCAGCUCCACCAGCAGAGGGACACAGGGUACGAGGGAGAAGUGGAGCUCCCGCUGCCGCCUCCAUGGCCAGGGGCUCCCCUCCCGAGUUCGCCUUCCGAGGGUCCGCUGCGGCUGCCGUCGCCUUCCGAGGGUCCGCUGCUGCUGCCGUCGCCUUCCGAGGGUCCGCUGCUGCUGCCGUCGCCUUCCGAGGGUCCGCUGCUGCUGCCGUCGCCUGGGGUCGCCAGGGAUCCUGCUUCGCCUGGGGUCGUCGAGGGUCCGGCUUCACCUGGGGUCGCCAGGGAUCCUGCUUCGCCUGGGGUCGCUACACGAUGGCCGGAGCUCCAUGAAAGGGAGCUGCCAGAAAUGAAGAAAGGGGGGGAGGUCAGGAGACCAGCUCCCCCAGCCGCACUUUCGCGGCUGGAGAUCAUGUGGUCAGAGCCCCACGGAGGGGAACUGCUGGCCGUGAAGAGGAGGGGGGAGGUC